AUGGAAAGACCAGAAGAGAGUGAAAUACGAGAUAAUGAAAACGAUCAAUCAGGAUCAGAAGGAGAGGGUGAUGAUUUACGUAAUGACUCCGUAACUGAUUCAUCCGAGGAAGAUGAUGAUGAUGAUAACGAAGAAGAAAUACAAAAAGUAAGAGAAGGUUUUAUAGUUGAUGAUGAAGAUGAAGAAAUAGAAACUAAAAAAAGAAGAAGACAUAAGAAAAGAAAAAGAGCAGAAAGAGAGGAAUCAGUUCGAGAAGAAGAUAAUGAUGCAUUAGAUGAAGAUGAUUUAGAAUUACUUAUGGAAAAUUCAGGUUUGAAACCUUCAUCACAAGGAAAUCAAUUUAAACGUUUGAAAAGAAGAACAGAUAAUGAUGAAGAAACAGAGGAUUUAGUUCAAAAUCAGAAGGAACAUGAUCGUCAGAGAAGAACUGAAAGCGGAUUGAUUGAUAUAUUCGCAGAUGAAGAAGAUGAUGAUGAUCUCAUAGACGACAACAACGAAAGAGAUUUGGGAACUAGACCGUCUAUUCAACCAGGUGAAGACGAAGAAGAUGUUGAUGAUUUUAUUGAAGAUGAUGAAUUUUCAGAUGAUGAUGAAGAAACAAGACGAGCUAGACAAGAAGAAAGACAACGUUUAAAAAAGAAAGGACCAAGCAUUGACACAUCUAAAUUAUCAAAUGUUGAUAGGAAAAGUUUACAAGAGUUGUUUGAGGCAUUUGGAGAUGGUAAUGAAUAUGAAUGGGCUUUGGAAGCACAAGAAAUAGAAGACGCUGGACAAGGUAAUGAAGAGCCAACCUCCUUAGAUGAAGUAUUUGAACAUUCUGAAUUAAAAGAAAGAAUGUUAACAGAAGAAGACAAUGUUAUACGUAUUAUUGACGUGCCAGAAAGAUUUCAAAGGUAUCGUGCAGCCCUCGAUUACAUUGACUUGGAUGGUGAAGAGUUGGAAAGAGAAAAGAAAUGGGUUACGAAUAUAAUGUUAGGAGAAAGACCUGGUAUAGCCGGUUCAUUCUUGGAAGAACCAUUCAAAGAAUCUGUUGGUCAAGUUGUCCAGCUUGUUUCAAAAGAAGCUUUCGAAGUGCCUUUUAUUUGGUCUCAUCGUCGUGAUUGCCUUUUAUAUUCACAUUUAACUGAAGAUGCAGAAGGUAAAAUAACUAGUAGUGUGCAUAAAUUAUUAUUCGAAGAGGAUUUGUGGAGGAUAGUUAAAUUGGAUAUUGAGUAUCAUUCUUUAUAUGAAAAGAGAUUAAAUAUAGAAAAAUUAAUCCAAGCAUUAGGUUUAGAAGAUGAUCUAACAACAGAUAUUAAAUCGCUUGAUACAAUGGUGGCUAUACAAGAUAUUCAUGAUUACAUUCAAUUCACAUACGCUCAACAAAUCAGAGACUUGAAUAACAAAGAUACAGAUUCCAACGAAGAGGAGGGAGAAAAUUCAAAAGUGAGAAGUAAGAAGCAUUCUAAAUUUGCCCUUUAUGAUCGUAUUAAAUCCAAUAUUUUGUAUGAUGGAGUCAAAGCUUAUGGUAUUACUGCAAAACAAUUUGGUGAAAAUGUCCAAGAUCAAAGUUAUAACAACUUCCAAACUUCAUAUAGAAUUCAUGCAACUGAUGAUUCAAAUGACUCACUUGAUUUUAUCAUUGAUAUGUUGGUAGAUGAUGUAGAUGCUUUAUUCAAAGAAGAAAAAACCGCAAGAGAUGCAAUAAGACGUACUUUUGCAGAAGAAAUAUUUCAUAACCCAAAAGUCAGACAUGAAGUUAGGAAUACAUAUAAAUCGGUUGGUUCUAUUAGUGUAGCAUUGACUGACAAAGGUAGAACAGCAAUUGAUAAUUAUAGUCCAUUCGCAGAUAUUAAAUAUGCAAUAAAUAGAUCACCGGCUGAUCUUGUACAAAAACCAGAUGUGUUUUUAAGAAUGUUAGAAGCUGAAAGACUUGGUUUAGCUGUUAUAAAAGUAGAAACAACAGAUUUUGAAAGUUGGUUUCAAGCUAUUUUUAAUUGUUUAAAAUCAGAUGGUUUAUCCGAAAAUUCAGAUAAAUGGAAUAAAGAAAGGGAAAUAGUUUUAAGAUUGGCAUUUAAAAAAUUAUGUGCUAUGGUAUCACAAAAUACAAAAGAAGAUUUAAGACGUGAAUGUGAAAGAUUAGUGGCGCUGGAAGUUAGAGCGAAAAUAAUGUCUAGAAUUGACCAGGCACCUUUCGCUCCUUAUGGAUAUGAUAAAGGAACUAAACCUAAUGUUUUGGCGUUAUCUUUUGGUAAAGGUGAACCUGAUAGUGCUGUUGUUGGUGCUUUUGUAAGAGAUAAUGGUAAAGCUCAAGCAUUUUUCAAGUCAGAAUCCAAUCCUAUUAAAGAUCUAGAUAGUGCUGAAUCAUUUUCUGGAGAAUUAAAAGAAUUUUUUGAUAAUACUUUUAAGACUGAUCAACCUGAUGUUAUUACAAUUUCAGGAUUUAAUGUGAAUAGUAAAAGAUUAUUUGAUAUAGUUAGAAAAUUUGUUGAAGAAAAUGGAAUAACUGCUAAUGUACAAGAUUUAGAAAUUACUGAACCACCACCACUUUUAAGUGUUGUUUGGGGUCAAGAUGAAACAGCUAGAUUGUAUCAAAAUUCAGCCGCUGCUAAAGUUGAUUAUCCAGACAAACCACAAUUAGUUAAAUACGUAAUUGGAGUAGCUCAUUACUUACAAAAUCCAAUAUUGGAAUACGUUGCUUUAGGUGAUGACAUUUUAUCAUUAACAUUCCAUGAACAUCAAAAACUUAUUCCUAUUGAUUUAGUUAAGGAAGCAUUAGAGUCAGCUUUUGUUGAAAUAGUUAAUACAACUGGGGUUGAUAUUAAUGUUGCUGUUCGAGACCCAUAUGUUGCCAAAUUAUUACCAUUCGUUGCUGGUUUAGGUCCUCGUAAAGCAUCAGGUUUAAUAAGAAAUAUUGUUACUAGAUUAAAUUCUACAUUACCAACAAGAAAUGAUUUAAUUUUAAAUGAUCUUACACCAAAAAUAGUUUUUAAAAAUUGUGCUUCAUUUUUAAACAUUCCUACUGAUGAACCUCAUACUUCAGCAAUUGAAAUUUUAGAUGCAACAAGAAUACAUCCAGAGGAUUAUGAAUUGGCAAGUAAAGUUGCAGCUGAUGCUUUAGACUUAGACGAAGAAGAUAUUGAAGGUAUGAAGAAAAAAGGGGAAGUUGUUCAACAAUUAUAUAAUAGUGGAGUAGAAAAAAUUAAUGAAUUGAAUCUUGUUGAUUUUGGUAAACAAAUUGAAGCUAAAACUGGUAAUAAAAAAUUUGCAACAUUACAAUUGAUUAAAGAAGAAUUAGUUAAUAAUUAUACAGAUUUAAGAAGACAUUUCAAACUUUUGGAUAGUUAUGAAUAUUUCCAUAUGUUAACUGGUGAAACAAGGGAAACAUUUGGUGUUGGUGUUGUAGUUCCUGUUACUGUUGUAAAAGUUGGUAAAAAUUAUCAUGAUCCACAAUCAAAAAUUAGAUGGGCUAAAGUAAUAACAUCAUCUUUAAUUCAAGGAAAUGUUGAAGAAGAUAAAAUACCAAGAGAUUUGGAUUUACAACAAGGUCAAGUUGUUCAAGCAGUUAUAUUAGAAUUUCAUCCAGAUUCUUUAAUGGCAGUCAUGAGUUUAUUAAAAGAAGAUAUAAAACGUGCUUCUAUUCCUAAAAUUAGAAAAGAAGGUGGAAAAUGGGAUUUUAGAGCUGAAGAAGAUGAUUGGAAAAAAGAAAAAGCAAAAGAAAAAGCCAAACGAGCUAAUAUUAGAAAUAUUCAACAUCCAUUAUAUCGUAAUUUUAAUUAUAAACAAGCAGAAGAAUAUUUAGCACCACAAAAAUUAGGAGAUUGUGUAAUUCGUCCAUCAUCAAAAGGUCCAGAAUAUUUAACUAUUACAUGGAAAGUUGGAAAUAAUAUAUUUCAACAUUUAUCAGUACAUGAAAGAAGAAAAGGUAGAUUUAAAGAAUAUUAUGUUGAUGGUAAAAAAUAUCAAGAUUUAGAUCAAUUAAUUUUUCAACAUAUACAAGCAAUUUCUAAAAAUGUUGAUUCAAUGGUUCGUCAUGCUAAAUUUAAAGAUGGAACUAUAUCAGAAGUUAAUGAAUGGUUAGAAUCAUAUACAAAAGCAAAUCCAAAAAGUUCUGCAUAUAUUUUUUGUUAUGAUCAUAAAAAUCCUGGAAAUUUUUUAUUAUUAUUUAAAGUAAAUGUUAAAACUCCAAUUAUAACAUGGCAUGUUAGAACAGAACCUGAAGGUUAUUCAUUAAGAAAUUUUCAAUAUAAUACUAUGAUGCAAUUAUGUAAUGGGUUCAAACAUGUGUAUAAAUCAGAAUUACAAAAACAAAUGCCUUCACAAAAUCGUGGUGGAUAUAAUAGCUACAACUAUUGA